CUUGCCGUUGUAAUAGUAACGACGUUAACCUCGCUAAUUAAGAGAUGGAUGGAGCGCGGUUAUGUGUCAAAAAGUGUUACUCCUCGAGAUGCUUUCAAUGUAAUAUUAGUUCAGUUAUCAUUUAGGAUCAUUCGGUUUUAUACGGACGUGGUCUUAACAUUACUGGUUACCUUUAUAAUAAUAUUAUCGGUAUAAUUUGCACUUGUUUUCUGAUCAGAGUGGGCGGAUAAAGGAUUCUCUUCCGGUGACGCGGUAGUAAUGCUGGGAUACUAUAGGUCUAAAUAAAUUUGUUGUUUGCUUAAGAUAACUGGAAUUAUCUAUUGCGUAGUUGACGUUGGGUGGGCGGCGUAAUAACUUUCCUGUUAUUAUUGAGGCAUCUAGACUAUAGUUGGUUGACGUAAACAAACUAAUACAAGGGAGGAUCGCACCUGUUGCUGGUGCUCGGUUGAAUGGGUUUUUAUCGAGAUUAAGCAAUACAGUUUAUCUGGCGUAAUGCAAUCUGGCUCAUGUUCCCUCGACGUCCAUACGGUGCGUUUGGUUAUUCUAAAGUUUCUUAAUGUUGUUGUUUUGUAAACUAAUGCGCGGGUAUGGCACUAACAUUUUCGCGAUUUACGCUGGCAGAACCGCAAAAUACAGAAACCACAGAAAGUCUAGAAAUUUGGUUAUAAAAUGAGAAGAAAAGAAUCAGAAAAAUAUUUGAUUCAAGGUUAUUUUUUAAAUUCUUGUGUUAAUAAAAAAUAAAAAAGUUGAGUAAAUUAUCUUUGAUUUUAUAGGCCGAAUGAAGAAUUUCAAGUACAAAAUUUAUUCUUUAAGUUAACAAUAAAUGUUGAAGCUUUUAUAAACCAUUUAUUAGCAAUACAAAAAUGGAGCUAUAAUUAAAAGUGAAAUAGAUUAGCCAGCGUUGUGAAUCACUCUUGUUCGAAUGUUGUUGCGUUUCCAGCGGUUGCGCUGUAAACCCGCGCGGUGCUGUUCAGUAUAAAUACCGUUCAGCGGAUACAGUUUUCUUCAUUCAGUGUAUCUACCUUACGGGCUGUCGGACGUUUUCAGCCUCAGUAGUUGUUGCAUCCGCUCUUUAGCACUCAUUUUGCUUGCGCUAGACUAGCGUAUUACAUUCAACAACUCAAUAAACCUCACGUCAUGGCAAGAAAGGAAUCCGUAUUUUGGCUAUUUUGCACGUUGGCGUUAAUGAUGAGUGUGGUCUUAGUUGAUGCCCAGACCUUUUUUACGAAUGGACGUUAUGGGAAGCGGUCUGAAGUUCGUUCUCGAGUCGCUAGCCGUUCGGCUGACGAAAGAUUCUUCGGAGGGCCCCGAUUUGGCCGCUCUGGUAAUGGCGGAAUCGUUCUUGGCAACAGUGAACUGGACGCCCGUAAUCCGGAAAGAUUUUUCAUCGGAAGUCGCUACGGUAAACGUAGUGAAAUGGAACAAAUCGUCCCGUCCCCGCAGGUGGAUGAAUCGACUUCCAAUAGCCAAGAAAAGGAGACAUUUCUUGAAUGUAAUCCAAUAGGGAUUGAGCAGCUUUACCACUGCAUUGAAAGAAAAAAUGGAAACGUCAAAAAUCAAGAAGGAGCAUGAAAGCUAAACAGUGUUUUAUCCAAGCUUUGCUUAAAAGGAGAGAAAACAUCGUUAAAACUUUAUCUUGAUGACUCUUUAAAACGCUAGUUCAUAUAUUGUACUAUAAUAAACGUUGUACUACAUUGUGA